CCGGCCGCCUCCUCCGCCCCCUCCCCGUCCCCGUCCCUCUCCCUUCCCUCCCGGCCCCGCUGCCAGGGGCGAAGCCGCCCGCCGGGCCCCGCGCCCAACGUGAUUGACAUUUGGGGAAUUGCACUGGUAUAAUGCUGGCAGCAGUGAUGAAAAAUCUGCCCUAUUGUUUCUGAUACAUUCACUGUCUGAGGAGGACCUUUUUGCUACAAAUAGCUACCAGAAAGGCAACUAAUGGAGCUUUUUUUUUUUUUCUCUUGGAUUUUUAUUACUGGAAAACUCUCUGAUGACAGCUUUGCUUAGUUGUUACAGUGGAGAAGAGGCUGACCACCCGGCCCAUGGAUCCAGCCCAGCAAUCCAGACAGUUUUCAACCUAGUGAGCAGCAGAAUCAUAGACUCAUCCAAUCCCUGAGCAACCAGUUUCUCCAGGAGAAUGCUGUGAAAAAAAGUGUCAAAGACUUUUCCUAAAGUCUAGGCAGACAACAUCUGCACCCUUUCCUUCAUCUGCUAAACGGGUCACCAUGUCAUAGGAGGAGAUCAGGAGCUGAGUGUUGUGACCUGCCCUACUUCUCCCUGCUCGGUGUGGGAACGACCUGAAGAACAUCUUGGAGCCACCUGUACUGCUUCAUGCAGUUAAAUGUUCUGAGGUCAUGAAACUUAAUCCACAGCAAGCUCCGUUGUAUGGUGACUCUGUUAUUACAGUGCAGCUGAGUGAGGAAGAUAAAGUUGAAGAUGAUGUAGUUUUUUAUUUGGUCUUCACGGGAUCAACUGUCCAACACUGCACAAGCACGAGAAAGAUUAAUCCUGGGAGUCUGGAGACAAUUUCUCCUGGCCAUGACUGCUGUGAGACAGUGAAGGUGGCACUUUGUGCCUCUAGAGAAGGUCACCCCGUUCUGGUUGUGGCAGAAGAGAGUUUCCAGUUUGUCCAGGACGAAGCCUACGAUGCCGCCCAGUUUCUGGCCACCUGUGCUGGCAACCAGCAGGCGCUGAAUUUCACACGGUUCUUGGACAGGUCAAGGCCACCUGCUGCAGACGUGGACUUUCUGGAUGAGAAAGUGGCCUUGGCAUUUCGACACCUGAAGCUGCCGGCAGAAUGGAACGUGCUGGGAGCGGACCAGUCCCUGACCGAGAACAUCCCUCGGGAAACACUGAUGCAUUUUGCGGUGAGGCUGGGGCUGCUGCGGCUGACGUGGUUUCUGCUCCAGCAGCCGGGUGGAAGAGGAGCUCUCAGCAUCCACAACAACGAAGGGGCAACGCCUGUGAGCUUGGCCUUGGAGAGGGGCUACCAGAAGCUGCACCAACUUUUGACAGAGUAAGGAUCAUUUGGUGGUUCCUCUGCUGGUUUUGCGUUCUCCACCGUGCUUGGCUUUGCUGUACAUUAUCACUCAGUGGUGUCUGAGUGCUAUCCUACAUCCUUAAAGGCAAUUUUGUUUUUACUGUUCUUGCUAGCAGCAAUGGGGGCAGUCCUGAGGGUUUAGGGGAAAUGCAAUAAUAUUUUGGGGGGGCUGUUUCUUGUUGCUCACUAUUCUGCUUCCAGCUUUCUUGUAAAGUCCAAAGUGAGUCACUGUAAUAUUGACUAAUUAAGACAAAUCUCAUGCAAACACAAUUGAAAAAGCUUUUCUUCAAGCAAGCACAACUGCCCAAAAGAGGGGAGCUAACAGGCUUUAUGGUGGUGGUGGACUGUUGUGUUCUUAAGUUUUAGAGAGGGGGUUUUUUAGUUAAAUGAAAUAGUGAUCAUUGUAUUGAAAUAAGGCAGCAUUUUGUAAAGAAUAGGCAUUUUACCAUUGUAGGUUAUAAAAAAAUAAGGUAAGAUUUAAUGCAAAUAUUUAAAGGAGAACAGACUAUUUAACAGAAACAGGUCUCUUGUAAAUGGUCUUGAGAAACAGCCAGGUUUUACAGCACAUGGCAAGCAACUAGUGGCACGAGCAUUUAUUGCACUGCUUUACAAGGAAUCCUUUGGAAGAUGGCAAGUUAGUUUUGAGCAGCAAAUGUUUGGAGAUCCAGCUUUAAUAGCUGAAGUUAAUAAAGACAAAGAGCUUAAAAAAAUCUCAACGGGGCUGUUUGUAUAGGAGAAAAGAUUUAGUCUGUGUGUGUGUUAUUCUGAUGCCUGGUUCUCUUAAGCUUUGUUAUAAACUUUGUGUUUCUGAAUUGACUUCUCAGAUACAUGGGGUUUAUGUUGAAUGUCCCAAUGUCAUGUUUAGGAGUCUGCUGUGAUGUUCACGUUAUCACGCAACAUUCCUCGUUAUGAACUGUAAAUAUUCUGCUUUCUGUAGUUGUUGGGUGCAGUGUUGUAGGGGCAGAAAGUAUGAUCUGUAUUGCUGGAGUGAUUGCAUUUAAGUUUUAUGCUUAAAUUCAGGCAGCCACAUGGAAAGUGAGUGAAGGAGAAGCUGAAGGGUGGGAUGGGACCUAUACCCAAAUACCUUCUCCUGCCACCCUUGCUAGCAUUAAUACAGAGAGGAUGACAGUGUUACGUUCUUCUCCAUCAAGGUCAACAAUUACACUCUGAAAACACAGCUGUCUCACAAGCUAUAUUGUAAAAUUGGAAUGUGCAAAUUCAUCCUGUAACUGCAGCAAGGUUCUCCAAGGUGAGACUUACCACAUUAACAGGCUUUACAUACUGUCAGGAAGCUUAAGCUGGCCAAAACUUGAUUAUAGAGCUCACAGCAAAUACUGCAACCCCAAAGCGAGUAGUAAUUUAAGUAAAAAUGGGAAGUAAACAAAACUAUUACAACAGCUAUUCAUGUAUUUGGUGAAGUCCUUCACAGCUGGUUCCAGUUUUGUAAUGGCAGUUCUCACUCAAUGGAAUGAAAAGAGGACUGGGAUUCCAUGACAUUGUCCUGUGCCACUGGCUUUAAGGAACACUGCUGGCCCAAUCCAUGGAAUUUCUCUGAUGACCUUUGCAGUUUGUCUUUGAAAACAGGACACAAGCAACUGCAGAAAUGUUACCAUCAAGGUCCCAAUUCCUGUUCUUCUUGGUAUGUCUGUAAACUGUGCUUUGUAGUUUGUUUUCCCCCUGGACUACUGGGUGGAAAUGCAAUGUGUAAACACCUGACAGCCAUGCCACAGGUCCCUUGACUCUGAAAACUCUUCUAUUCCCAUGAAGUCCUAAAAACAGAAAUCCAUGAAUGCUAGAAAUCCUGGUUCCCUUUUUCAGUGGGUGGGAUGGUGGUGGAGCAUCGUGGGACUGACUAGGGCAGUGACAAGGGGGUGGCCACAGCCCUUCCCCACAGGAGGGUGAUGGUGACAAAAUGGGCACAUCCUGAUUUCUCAGCAGUGGUUUUUUUAUUAUUAUUA